CAUCACAAGUUGAGUGCCUCCGUCGUCCGUGGCGAAACGUCUUUUUUUAGGUUUUAUCAGAAAAUUAUUUGGUAUUUUGUUAUUCGGAACUUUUUAGCUUUAAAAUAAUCAUUCCAUUGCGCGAGAAACUGUGCCCGAUAAGACAGUAGUGAUUGCCUAAUGUUCUACUCCCAGAAAAUACGAAAAUCGCGUCUUGUGAUCAAACCAUGCUAAAUCGCAGUAUUGAAUAAGAGGAAAUUUUCGAUGCAGUUUCUUUUGGCUGUCGUUCCGCUUCUUUCAUAUAACUUUUCUAUUGGAUCGCGGAUUAUUUAUCAGCCAGACAGGAAGAGUGGUACGAUAUUCGCGUAGUAGGAAAAGAAAACUGAAACAAUUAAGUGAAAAGUGCAGUGAUAUUGAUUAGAUUUUUAUCUUCGAUCCAACUUUGACCGCGGUAAAGCCCCGUCGGAUGUAUUGAUCACAAUGUCAAAAAAUAAAAUAGCGAGUUCCAAACUCGAAAGUGAUCACAUUGAGAUAAAGUCCAAGUUUGAUGCCGAAUUCCGACGGUGGUCCCUGAAACGGUCUGAGCAGCACAAUUUCGAAGCAUUCCAAUCGCUAAUUGAAAGAUUGCACAAACUGGAUCGCUCCCAACUACUGGUGUCCUACAUUGAUCCGCGAGAUAAUGACUUGCUGCCGAUUAACAAUGACGACAACUUCGGCCGAGCGCUGACCACUGCACGACCGCUGCUUCGCGUUAUUAUCCAGCGGAAAGGUAAGUGUGUUUGGGUUUUGCACUUCAUCUGGUAGAACAUCAAUUACUUU